AUGGGCUCAAAGCUGUCCGUGGACCGGCCCCUGGUCGUCAUGCAGCCGUCGAGCUCGUUAGUACGGCUCCAGCAGCAUGUGUACACACUUGCUCGUCUAUGGCUGCGUUUCUGGAUCGCUGCGACGGGGUUAGAGAGACAGGAGAAGCUUAUGAGGCGGCUUGUGCAGCACAUACAGCGGCGCGCGUACCGUACCGCUUCGGCAAAGUACGAAUGUACCCAUCACGUGGUUGUGACGCUCUUGGAGCUGUGGCUCCAGACGCUGCGAGCGCUUCUCGUGCCCGACGUGUUCACUCGGUUCCUCUGCGCGACGUUCGUGCUGCACAUUGUCCACCAGCUGCAGGCCGUCGCUCGUCAAGUCGUGGGCAACGCCGUUCGUCGCUUCAGUGCCAAGGGGCGACGCUCGCUGCGCUUACAGCAGCAGCUGGAGCACGCCCAGAGCUUCGCCGAGCGCCAGUCGAUCGCCGGCGAGCUGGACAAAGUCGAGGGCCGCGACAAGUGGCGGGCGGACCCCAAGUCGAACCUUUUUCUGUACGAGCGCGUGACGAACAAGACGCUCAUGUACAAGAAGCUCGAGCGUGAGAAGGACGUGGUCCGACUUAUGUUUGCGCUACGGGCGGGACUCUUGAGGAAACACUGGGGACUGAGCAACCCGCGGUUGUACUCAGUCAGCAACGUGGGGACCAAGUACGUGAUUGAAGAGUAUCUGGACGCGAUUGUGCAGUCCAUGAACGUGGUGCUGCGUGCAAAGCCACGAACAGACGAGGAGCACGACGACUUGUCGAUCGACAACAAGUUGGCUUUCUUUAGCGAGACGCGGCAUGCGUUUGGGCGGUCGGCGUUGAUGUUGUCCGGCGGUGGAGCGCAUGGGUUUUACCAUGCGGGCGUGAUCAAAGCUCUGUUGGAAAACAAUUUGCUGCCCAGUGUAAUUGCUGGAUCUUCGGCAGGGUCGAUUUUGGCGGGGGCUAUCGGGGUUCGCAACGAUGAUGAAGCACUGGGCUUUUUGUCGGGAUCAAGUGUGAAUCUAGACUUUUUGAAAGCAAACAUUACCGAGCAGGAUCGGGCUGAUUACACGCCGUCCUUAUUACCGCGGAUCGAGGUAGUGCUUCCUAAAAGUGCUUUUGAUUUUGUGCGGGAUGCGUUCGUCCUCCUGGGCCGAUUUUUGGACAAGCGCUUCUUACUAGAUACGAAGACACUUCGCAACUGCUUGCGAAGUGCAAUGGGAGACUACACCUUCAGAGAGGCUUACGAUAAGACGGGUCGGAUUAUUAACGUCACCGUAACCCCGCUGAGCACUGAUGACUACCCCCAGUUGCUCAACUAUCUCACGGCCCCCAAUGUGAUUAUUUGGUCGGCUUCCCUAGCGUCUUGUGCGAUUCCGAACGUGUUUCGUCCUGUCGAGCUGUUGGCCAAGGACGAGAAAGGAAACAUUGUUCCCUACUAUCGAGAGGGGCUUAAGUGGAGUGACGGUAGUGUCGAGUGCGAUCUUCCAAUGGAACGUCUGGCCGAGCUAUUUAAUGUAAAUCACUUCAUCGUCAGCCAGGUCAACAUUCAUUACAAGAUUGUUUCAGGUCAUUCAACGUUUGGAAAUGAACAGACUGGAAGCCUCAUGAGCUUUUUGAAGAAGCAAAUGAAGGCGUACGUAAAAAAUAUUGCCGAGUUUGGUCUGAAUACCUCCGUACUCAAGCUCCUCGACAUUGGUUUAGUUCCUCUGCUCACGCAAAAGUACGAAGGGGAUAUCACGAUCUGCCCCACCGACAAGAUUUCCGCCACGACAUUGCUGCGAACAGUGAUGACCAAUCCAUCACGUGAGACUUUCCCCGAUAUUUUGCUCGCUGGUGAACGGGCAUGUUGGCCAGCAAUUGCACGUAUCCGUAGCAUGUGCCGCGUGGAAUUUGCCUUAGAACGUGCUGUGCGAUACUUGCGUGGCGAGCAAGCUCUAGAAGACGAAAGACGGAGCGGACGGAAAGCAAUCGGCCGUGUACCAUCAUUUUACACCUCGCCAAGCUCCAUGAAUCUGUCAAGCCUGGAUCCGUCACCCCCAGCCCCGCAAAGUUAUGCAGCAUCAACAACUAGCAAAGGAAAGCUGGCUCGACAUCGUAGUCUGGACCAUGUAGAGAUGGAAGGUGUGAUCAGUGGUUCGGGUACCAGUCCGAUGCGACGGAACAGAUCGAUGAAUAUUGCAGGAGCUGUUUUGUCGGUAGACGGAGGUGCUAGCGCUUCUGAUUCUAGUAUUUCGACUUUUGACAUGUAA